UAAGAAACAAUAUGUAAUUCAAAAUGUGGAGUUGUUUUGGUUUUUACAGAUGAAACGAAAUCUUCCUUGUCUUACGAAGUAGCAGAAAUGUCGUCGUUUCAGGGCUCUUCUAGCAAUGCAAAUUCUAUGUCGAUUCCACAAGAGGAAUUCAUAGUUAGAAUUCCAAGAGAUACCAGGCGGAAGUUUACAAUGAUGAAAAUGGGCACAGGAUCAGCUCUUGAUUUUGCAAAGCUUGGAGAUCAACCUGUGAAAAUAGAGAGGGAGAAUAAUUUGAAAGAAUAUAAAACCGCUAAUGACCUUGACCUGGUACCAAAGUUUGGCGCUGGCAGUGAGUAUGGAAAAGAUCUAAAGGAAGAAUCCAGGCGGAAGAAAUAUGGCAUCAUGCUGAAAAAAUAUAACCCGGAGGAUCAGCCAUGGCAUCUUAAAGUUGGUAGUGGAAAAUCAGCAAAGAGAUACAAAGGUGUCAGGGAAGGUACAAUCACAGAAAACACAUCUUAUUAUAUCUUCACUAAAGCUUCUGAUGGAGCAUUUGAGGCUUUUCCAGUUGAAGAGUGGUACAAUUUUACACCUGUAGUCAAGUAUAAAUAUCUCAAUUCAGAAGAGGCAGAAGAAGAAUACAGCAGAAGAGAUAAAACAUUUAACUACUUCAGCAUCAUGGUGAAAAAAAGAUUAAAGAAAGAAGAUGAAACCUUAGAUGAAGAUGAAAAAGACACAAAAGGGAAAAAGAAAGGAAAGAAGGCUAAAGAUCUGAUCUUAACUGACAAGGAUGAUUGGGAUGAUAUGGAAAUGUCAGAUGAUGAUGAUGACAGCGAUGCAGACAAAGAUGAAGAUGAUGAUACAAAUAAAAAUAAGAAAAAGAAACAGAAAGGUGGCCCUAAGAAAGUUGUCAAAAACUCCAAGAAAAAUUCUGAUGAUGAAGCAGUUGAGGAAAGUGAUGAAGGAGACUUUGAUGAUAAGGAAGUGGACUACAUGUCUGAUUCUGGUAGUUCCAGCAGCUUGUCUGAUUUAGGGGAGGAGGAUAAAGACAAAAAAUAUGAUGAAAAGGGAGUGGAUCAAGAAGCUGGCCUUCGCAACAUCUUAGAUUCAGAUGCUGAAGAUGAAGAGGAAGAAGGAGAGAAAGAGGAAGCAGAUGAAGAUAUGGAUGAUAAAGAUGAAAAGAAAGAAGACAAAAAGAAAGAAGAUGAUAGUAGUAGCUCCAGUUCUGAAGAUGAUUCUGAUAUAGAGAAGGAUGCCAAACUUGCUUCUGCAAUAUUUUUACAGGGAGGCAAGAAAGAGAAAAAAGACAAAAAAGAUAAGUUAGAGUCAUCUCUAACUAUAGCAUCAGAAACCAAGACAGAGCAGCGUAUACCAACACCAGACAAGCUAAAGGAUAAGUCAAUAAAAAGGAGAGCCGAGACACCUGACGGAAAGACGCCGUCUCUGAAAAAACACAAGACUGAUGAUAAUGAGGGAAUAACAGAAGAUGCAAUCAGACGAUAUCUCAUGAGGAAACCCAUGACAACCAAAGAUCUUCUGCAGAAGUUUAAGUCAAAGAAGCUGAAUAUGACAAAUGAAAAGAUAACCCAUGUUAUCGCCCAGCUUUUGAAGAAGAUUAACCCAGAGAAGAAGACUAUAAACAAAAAAUUGUAUUUGUCACUGAAAAAACCAGAAUAAUAUUUUGUAAAAUAAUAAAAAAAGUUUACUUAUAUUGUUGACAUUUGAAUAAAUGUUUUGUAACAUAUGUAACAUGAUAGAAAUGUGUGUGUAUGUGUGUAUAUGUUACUUAUAAAUAAAUAACAGUAUUUCUUUCAAAAUAUAUUCUGGGUUAAACA